AUGGUCUUCUCCGUAUCGCGCCUCUCCGCUGCUCUCGCCGCCGCUCUUUUUGCGGCGAGUGGUACUUCCGCCGCCCCUGUCACGACGGAGCUUGCAUCGCGGAAGUCUAACGCCGCUGCACCGGCUGCACCUCACUGGGUUGUCUACACCGACAGGUGGAUCUCUGGCGAGACUGGUCCCCCGGACGUCUCCCUCCUCGACGGCUUCAACACUUACAUCCUCAGCUUCUGGCUGACCUCCGGCCCGGCUGAUCAGGCAGUCGAGUGGGCGUCUCUGACAGCCGACCAGCGUUCGAGCAUCAAAUCAUCGUACGCAGCCGCCGGCAUCAAGAUGAUGGUCUCGGCUUUCGGCGCAACUGACGCCCCGACGACGAACGGCGCAGACGCUGUCGCGACUGCAGACAGCCUCGCGGCUUGGGUAGUUGAGUACGGUCUGGACGGUGUCGAUGUUGACUACGAGGACUUCACCGCAUUCAACGGUGGCACCACGGCCGCCGUCGACUGGCUCGUCGCGUUCACGACCGAGCUUCGCGCGAAGCUUCCCGCCUCGGACUACAUCAUCACCCACGCGCCCGUCGCUCCCUGGUUCGAGAAGGGCUACUCCGGAGGGGGAUAUCUCGCCGUCGACUCCGCCGUCGGUAGUCUGAUCGACUGGUACAACAUCCAGUUCUACAACCAGGGCGCGACCCAGUACACCGACUGCACCGGCCUGCUCACCACAUCAGGUGGCCAGUACCCCGGCUCUUCCGUCUUUGAGAUCUCCGCAAACGGUGUCAGCCUCGACAAGCUUGUGAUCGGAAAGCCCGCCGUUGCCGCCGACGCGACGAGCGGCGGUUACAUCGACCCCUCCACGCUCGCCACCUGCGUCUCUCAGGCCAAGGCCCAGGGAUGGAACGCGGGCGUGAUGAGCUGGGAGUACCCGGAUGGCGACGCGGCCUGGAUCAAGACGGUCCGUGGCUCGGCCUACCCGCUCUAA